UAGAGUCAGCGCGUCUAAAAUCAAGUAGUACGUCUGACAUUACGGUUCGCGUGAGAACUCAGCAAGAACUAUGGUUCACAUUCCACAAACGCGUCGCUAACCGCGAGCGGUGCUCGAGGUCGACUCGCGAAAGACCGAAAGAGCCAAGGGAAGUCGAGUCGAGUCGCGCGUGAGCGCGUUCUUCAAGCGUUCGCAACGUGUUGUGAGCCUCGUGCGCUGGCGUUUCCUUCGUGGAAUGUUUUAUAACAUCCGCACGCAGAUGCCCUGCAUCCCUCGCCAGUCAUAUUGUGGAGCUCGCUCUGUUUGUCCUGUAUUCGCUCGCAGUCUUCGCUAUCUGUCAUACACGGCGACCACAACCCCCGAGCCAGCUGGCACAGACACCAACAGAUGCGUGAACUUUGUUCGCAGUACAGUGGCACGUGCAUAGUGAGACAUCUAACAGUUGUCUAUUGUCUGCAAACGGUGGUGAUGUAGCGCGAUCAAGGGAGUGCUCGAGCUGUCGCUUUGAUUGGACGUCGCAGGAGCUCACAGCAGCCGAACUUGGAGCUCGGAGAUUCGAACAGCAGAUGCAUCUUUCGUAGCGCUCAUCGGUUCCAGCUUCUAUUGGUGCUGUCGGAAACCGAACGCUUGGCCAAGUGGGAGUACUAUAUUUCUGGAAGAAUCACUUUUAUUAAGAGGCAUGGAGCCAGAGGAAAGAGCGCUGUGGUCGUACGCUGUCCACCUCGAAGGCUUGGGACUCUCCCACAUGAAAGCUGCUGACCUGGUGCUUGCUUUUCAAACGGCUGGAACUGGGCCUGGAGGACGUGUGAUUCCAUUUCCCACCGUUUGCACAAACGACGGCGAUACGCGGGUGUGCCGCAUAUUUGAGCACCUCACCAUUUGGAAUGAACUCCUGUGGUGUGCCAGGGCCGAGCUCAGGGAGGUCAAACCAGGCAGAUUGGCCUUUCUGUGCCGGCACUUUCUUAGACCCUUGCAACAGAGUUGCCGGGAACAGCUUGAACGAACAUAUGCACUGAUCCACUGUGUGCUUGCCAACCAUCGCUGCGUCGUUUCGGUUGCGGUCGAUUACGAGAUGCUUCAAGGCUACCUCGCACUAUUCAGCGAUGCCUUGCGACGAAGCACCUCCCUUGAGCAGCUACGGAUCGACACCUCUGGACUGAAAUUUGAUGAGGUUGGCGAGCUCAUUGUCGACAUCUGUGCAAACUGUCGCCUCAAGGAGUUGACAUGCAGCGAGCUUAGGCUCCUGGAAAGUGGCAGUAAAGUACAGGCACGCUUUGCAGACUAUUUGAGAAAGUCGACUACACUGAAGGUGCUGAGUGUCAUCAAUGUGUCCUGCCACUCCGACUACAAGGUUGUCAUGGGGCCUCUGCAGGAGAAUUCGACCAUUACCACUCUGACGAUUGACAGCGCGUGCAUAGAACUCGACAAUGGUGCUGCCCUGUCCGGGUUUCUUUCUGCCGGCUCCGUGCUCACCGAACUGACUGUGGUAAAGCAGACCUGGCGUACCGUGUGUAACAUAGAGCCCUUGUUUAACAAUUUAAAGAGAAACAGUGUGCUCCGGAAGCUCAGCCUUCAGCGAUUUUUGUUUACCCUGGCUGAUGCUAAUUUAAUUUCAGAUGCACUGACUGCGAAUGCAACGCUCCAGGAGCUUGACAUCAGCAAUACUGAAUGGACAUUCAUAGAACCGUGGAUUCGUGUGGACCACGAGAACAAUUCUGCUGUCAAGAGCGCCAUGUCUGCAUGGGGGAAAUGGUGGCGGGUUCAACCAUUUGUCAAUGCUAUACGGCAUAGUGUCUCCCUCCAGAGGCUGCGAUUUGGACACGUCUAUUUUCACGACUAUGAAUUGCGAAGGCUGCUUACAGCAGUGAAGGAGAGCGACUCGUUUCGUCAACUCCAGUUCUUGCAGUUGAGCUGUGGCUGCUUCUGCGAAUUUGUCAACCUCGUUCGGGAGACGGGCACCUUCGAUAAGGUUGCUGUUCGGAAUUGCUUCUCCAAUGCCACGCUCUUUGUUGAAUCGCUGAAUAGAUGCAAGCGGCUUCCGUUUACAGGGACCCACCGCUUUAUGUGCCUUGAUGGGACACGUUUGCAGGAAAUAUGUACUGCUCUUGCAUUGCACGACAGCAUUACUUCGAUUAAUCUGUGUACGGACCAGUCUUCGAAAUCCUUUGAUGAAGGAUGUGCUGCCUCGUUGGCAAAAUACGUGUCGUCGACAACCACACUGAGGGAGCUGGACGUCACCAUCAGUGCCACAGACAAAUCUGUCAACAGAAUUGUCAUUGCCGGUCUCUUGGCAAACACAAGCCUUCAGAGGCUCGGAAUAUACAGCUGCUCUCUGUAUGACAGCGACGUGCGUGUAUUCACUAAGUGGCUGCAGCAGAACAAGACCUUGUAUUGGCUGUCUGGCUCCUUUGUACCCGAAGAUGUGCGUGUCGUUCUCCUGUCGGAGCUGGUCGGUUGCCUUCAAAGUAACUACACUCUUACGGCCUUGGACAUCUUGGAUCUUGAGAAGAGUCGUGCUCACUGGCAGGUCAUCCAAGGCCAGUUAAAUCGAAACGCCUCGCUGGUUGUACGCGCCAUACACUUUGUCACAGGUUCCACACUAAAGAGGUGUGCAAGUGCAUUUGAACUUGUGUCGCGGCACCCCUUAGUCAUCAACAGGCUUCUGCACCUGUCAUCAAUGCGCAUGGAUGAGGUGCAACAGAAGCUAGCACGGAGCAAGAAGCGUCUGUUGAUCGACUUUUGGCAGUUGGCUGGUGUUGUAAAAGAAGACCUCUGCUGCCAUGAGCGUGAUGAUGGCAAGCUUCAGAUAGACCAACUUGGCUUCGAUGCCUGGAUGGCUCUGCGCAAGUUUUUGAAAGUGGGUGACAUUGCAGAUGCUUAGCUCACGCAGAAAAAAAAAAAAAUCUGAGUGACUGUUCUGAGUGUAAAUAUAGCUUGGUUAAAUGAACAAUUAUAGGUGCCCGAUGUAUUGAGUGUGUGGUUAAAUAACUGUUCCGAGUGUGUUGUUAAAUGACAAACUGUACGCUCAGCACACAGUCACAUUGGCUGGGUAGUGCAAUUUCUAUGCAUGUAAAAUUUUGGUUGUUACAUGUAUAGCAAAUUUGGAUAACAGAUAAUAAAUAAUUUUGAUGAAAGGUUA